AUGCAGCCAUGGCAAGCCGUCAUAGAUGUUCAAGAGGCACAAUCUGUAGGAAUCGAUGCCUUUGCUUUGAACGUUGCUAGCACAGACACAUGGUCUACAAAUGCAAUCCAGUAUCUUUUCGAUGCAGCAGCUCAAUACAACAAUUUUAAGUUAUUCUUCUCUUUCGACAUGAUUCACUUCACUCAUCCAUCUCAAUUUCUUGGUCUCAUCGAACAAUGGCACAAUCAUAAGUCGUAUUACUCACAUAAUGGCCAUCCGUUUGUGAGCACAUUUUAUGGGGCGAGGUUGUCCUUUGGUGAAAGUAGCCCUAGCAACGGUUGGCAAAAACAUUACCGAGAACCACUACAAGCAAAGGGAAUUUGGACAUACUUUGUGCCAGCUUUCUCAGAUGCAAUGGGUAGUCCAACUGGAUUUACCUAUGCUUUCCCAGUAAUUGAUGGCGUAAUGAACUGGGAUGGCGCUUGGCCAUAUGAAUCGGAUGGACAAGUCGAUGCAUUUGGAGGUGCCUCAUAUCCUGUUAAUUUUAUUCCAGAUGAUUUCAAAGGUUAUGAAUAUUAA